GAUGUCUGAAUCAUAUGAUUACAGUAUGAAUGAAAUCGUCGUUUUAUUUACCAAAAGACGUGUCAUUUGUUGUGGUUUUUUCUGUUUGUAAUCUCUUCGCGUAUUUUAAGAGUUGAUCUGAAAAAACAUUUACCGACGAGUUUAUUGUCCGUAACAACAGUUAUCAUCGACAAUGGUUUUGGCAGAUUUGGGCCGAAAGAUAACGUCGGCGUUGCGGUCAUUGGGCAACGCGACCAUCAUUAACAAAGAAGUAUUGGAUGGACUACUGAAGGACAUCUGUACGGCUCUACUGGAAGCCGAUGUCAACAUWAAACUUGUUAAACAAUUGCGCGAAAAUGUCCGAUCGGUUAUCGACUUCGACGAAAUGGCCGCCGGACUUAACAAACGCCGUAUGAUUCAGAUGGCAGUGUUCAAAGAGUUGGUCAAACUGGUCGAUCCGGGUGUCAAAGCCUGGCARCCGAUCAAAGGUCGAACCAAUAUUAUUAUGUUUGUCGGUCUUCAGGGAUCCGGUAAGACGACAACGUGCACAAAGAUGGCCUACUAUUAUCUCCGUAAAGGCUGGAAGUGUGCUCUGGUUUGCGCCGAUACGUUCAGAGCCGGAGCUUUUGAUCAGUUAAAACAAAAUGCAACAAAAGCCAGAAUUCCUUUCUACGGUUCGUAUACUGAAUCGGAUCCAGUGGUGAUUGCAUCAGAAGGUGUCGACAAGUUUACAAAAGAAGGUUUCGAAGUGAUUAUUGUUGAUACAAGUGGUCGUCAUAAACAGGAAAGUUCUUUGUUUGAGGAAAUGUUGGCCAUAUCGACGGCCGUCGCACCGAAUUUGAUUAUUUACGUUAUGGACGCAUCAGUUGGUCAGGCCUGCGAAGGACAGGCCAAGGCGUUCAAACAAAAAGUAGAUGUCGGCGCUGUUAUUGUGACCAAACUUGACGGUCACGCCAAAGGUGGCGGUGCACUGAGUGCUGUGGCCGCUACACAGUCGCCGAUUAUAUUUAUCGGUACGGGUGAACACAUCGACGAUUUUGAACAGUUCAAAGUGAAACCAUUUGUGUCGAAAUUGUUGGGAAUGGGAGAUAUAGAGGGACUGAUAGACAAAGUUAAUGAAUUGAAAUUAGAUGAUAAUGAAGAACUAAUUGAAAAACUAAAACACGGAGAGUUUACACUAAGAGAUAUGUACGAACAGUUCACAAAUAUCAUGAAAAUGGGUCCAUUUCAUCAAAUACUGAAUAUGAUUCCCGGAUUCGGUGCCGAUCUUAUCAAAGGUGCCUCAGAAGCCGAAUCGAUGUCACGGCUCAAACGUUUGAUGACAAUCAUGGAUUCGAUGAGCGAUUCGGAACUGGAUUCACGUGAAGGAGCCAAACUGUUUACCAAACAACCGACACGUAUUGUUCGGGUGGCCCGGGGUUCGGGUGUUACACAACGCGAAGUACAGGAACUGUUGACACAGUAUACAAAGUUUGCUGCAGUCGUCAAAAAGAUGGGCGGAAUCAAGGGUUUGUUCAAAGGCGGUGAUAUGGCUAAGAAUGUCAAUCAAACACAAAUGGCUAAAUUGAAUCAACAAAUGGCUAAAAUGAUGGAUCCAAGAGUUUUGCAACAAAUGGGAGGAAUGAAUGGAUUACAGAAUAUGAUGAGACAACUGCAGAGCGCCGCCGGACAACAACAACAACAUCAUUGACCCAUCAAUUGAUUGAUAAUUAUAUUUAAUUAAUUAGUAAUUCAAUUAUUAUUAUUAUUA